GGAAUAAAAGAAAAAACAUUUCUAAACAUUAUUUUUUUCAAAGAAAUUAAAAAAAUUCUCCGGAAUAAUGAGAGUACAUAUCGCUAUUGCUUUGCUAUUAGCUGUUUGUGCAAUAUUUUUCAAAGGUGGAGGUGAAACUAAAAGGUCUCGGAAACAUUAUGGUUUGAGUUAUCACUCCGGUUGCAAAGAUUAUAUAAAGACAUUUACAUGCAUGACUGCUUGCAAAAGUAUUGGUUACCAAGUAUUUAGGUUGGAUUUUCGCUGUAAAUGUACCUGUCAUGAAUUGAAAACUACAACUAUAUUGCCGUUCUUUAAGUGGCGUACAAAUGGUACUACAAGGGCGUGGGUAAAAACUUCGAGUCCUAGUUUGUACCAUAUUUAUGGUACCUUAUCUCCAGCUACAUACUCCACUACCGAAAACCUUACCACACUUGCUGAGACGACUGAACCAAGUGCGACACCAAAUCCAUGUGAAACACCAAAAUCAGGCAAUGACACAUCAGAUUCAGGCGUGACAUCAAAUCCAGGCAAUGACACAAGCUCAGGCGAUGGAUUAAAUCCUAACAAUACAGGACCAAAUCCAGACAAUAAGACACCAAAUCCAGACAAUGAGACAUCAACUCAAGGCAAUGAGACACCAAAAGCAGGCAAUGAGACAUCAAAUGCAGGCAAUGAGACAUCAAAUGCAGGCAAUUCGACAUCGAAUCUACCAAAUUAACCAGAAGGUUAAAUAAAUCUUAAUAAAGUAAUGAAUUAA